UCGCUGAAUACGUUGACUUCCGGUUGAAAGGGUAACCGCUGACUGAAGGGCCCACGUUUUUGCGAGAGCUGGCUGUCGUUUUGCAAAACCUUCAAAAAAGUCGCCAUGCGUCCUCUCACCGACGAAGAGACCAAAACAAUGUUUGAGAAAUUAUCUAAAUACAUUGGCGAAAACAUAAAACUUCUUGUUGAUAGACCUGAUGGUACUUACUGCUUCAGGUUACACAACGAUCGCGUCUAUUACAUGAGUGAAAAAAUUCUGAAGCUGGCAACCAACAUAGCAAGGGACAAGCUUGUGUCAGUGGGCACAUGUUUUGGUAAAUUCACCAAGACCCAGAAGUUUCGUCUUCAUAUCACAGCUUUAGACUUUCUUGCUCCCUAUGCAAAAUACAAAGUGUGGGUUAAGCCUGGAUCCGAGCAGUCCUUUCUGUAUGGAAACCAUGUGCUAAAGUCUGGACUUGGAAGAAUCACUGAGAACACAGAGCAAUACCAGGGAGUUGUGGUGUACUCCAUGGCUGAUGUGCCUCUCGGCUUUGGAGUAGCUGCAAAAUCCACACAAGACUGCAGAAGAGUGGAUCCAAUGGCCAUUGUUGUAUUCCACCAGGCUGAUGUAGGAGAGUUCAUUAGAAAUGAGGACGCCUUGACUUAAGGAUUCACCAAAAUUUUGACUUAAGUUUUUCUGUUGCAUUUUUUUCCUUUUCCUACCCUGGCCAGUCAGUCCUUCCUACAUUGUGAUAAGGGCAUAGCUUUGGCUGGCCAGGUAAGUAUUUUACCAACUAAACAUCUGCGACAGCUGAGUGGAACUCACAUUCCCCACAUUUGAUUGUGGUAAAAUCAAACAUUGAAGGUCAAUACUUAAAAAGAUCAUU